GGGGCCAAGGGAAUGGGGGUGGGGACACGAGCGCAAGCUAAACUGAGGAUGGACCAAUGCUGUUUCAGCACAGGCUUCAUACACUGAGUAGGGCCGACUACGUCGUUUGCCUCCGCGUUUCCGCUUUAGAGAGCAGCAAGAUUGGGCCAGUAGAGAGCAAGCUCUGAGAGAGAGAGGGUGAGAGAGGGAGGGAGAGAGAGAGGAAGGCGGUGACAGACCUGCUCUUGUAGAGGACUACUACAAUGGUAUGCGCGAUCACCAGGGCAGGCUUUCUGGAAAACGGUCCACAAGGUUAAAAUAAUAGGCCUACAUCUCGUCGUAGUAGUAGUUACUGCUAUUUACCCGCUGCGAUCCUUUUAAUCAUUCGCUCAUCAAAUCCUUGCAGUCAUUUGGUCUUUUGGCACAGAAACAUUUUCGGCUUGCAUUGAGAGGACGAAACCCAAUGGGUUUGCUGGGUAGCAUUCUGCGAGCUACACGCUUGGAUUUUUUCUAAUAAAGGGAAACUUCAUAAGCACAUCGCUCCUUUUGAAGUGGGAAGAUAUCGGUUUGGUAGCUAACGGAUUCACCGCACUGCAAGUCUCACAGCAGAAUACAAGUUGGAGCAGUGCUUACCAGGCCUCCCGACAUGGCGGACAACGAGGAAGCGUUUGGUGUCCAGAAUUCGCCCAGUGAAACGGAGUCGAAGGAUUUACACACUGAAAGUAAACCAGAAAAACAAAAUGGAACUUCAAGCAAAUCUCCGUCGUCGCAGACAACUUAUAUUCAACAGGGAAUGGAAGGAAUUAAGGUAUACUUGCAUGAAAGGGAGUUGUGGGUGAAAUUUCACGAAGUGGGCACAGAAAUGAUAAUCACCAAAGCUGGAAGGCGAAUGUUCCCCAGCUUCAAAGUAAAGGUGACUGGACUGAACCCCAAAACGAAAUACAUACUUCUGAUGGAUGUUGUGCCUGCGGAUGACCACCGCUAUAAAUUCGCCGAUAAUAAAUGGUCCGUCACAGGGAAAGCAGAGCCGGCGAUGCCCGGGAGGCUCUACGUCCACCCCGACUCCCCCGCCACAGGAGCGCAUUGGAUGAGGCAGCUUGUCUCUUUCCAAAAGCUUAAGCUGACCAACAACCACCUCGAUCCCUUCGGACACAUUAUUCUGAAUUCUAUGCACAAAUAUCAGCCGAGGAUCCACAUCGUGAAAGCGGAUGAGAAUAAUGGAUUCGGAUCCAAAAACACGGCGUUCUGCACUCAUGUGUUCCCAGAGACGGCCUUCAUUGCAGUCACAUCUUACCAAAAUCACAAGAUAACCCAACUGAAGAUUGAGAACAACCCAUUUGCAAAAGGCUUCCGGGGAAGUGAUGACAUGGAACUGCACCGGAUGUCACGGAUGCAAAGCAGUAAAGAGUACCCGGUGGUGCCCCGCAGCACGGUGCGCCAGAGGGUGGGCACCAGCCAGAGCCCCUUCAGUGGCGAGGUGCAGGGCAUGGGCACGGCCAGUGGCAUGGCCGCCCCGUACCCGUGCGAGAACGGUGUCAGCAGCACCUCCCAGGACCUGCUGCCCCAGACUGGCUCCUACCCGCUACCCCACGAGCACGGCCCGGACUACCACUGCAUCAAGAGAAAAGUGGAGGAUGACUGCCACACAGGCGAUCACUCCUACAAGAAAGCCUACAUGGAGAGCUCCUCCAGCGAGGAGGACCAUUACUAUCGGCCUGUGGCCUACUCCCAACCCCUUGGCCUGGCCGGUGCCGGCGCCGCGGGGCCCUACCGGACCGAGGCAGGCCAGCGCCAGGCCUGCAUGUACGCCAGCGCCGCACAGGGGGCCGAGCCCGUGCCCAGCCUGGAAGACAUCAGCUGCAACACCUGGGCCGGGGUCUCCCCCUAUGGCAGCUGCUCGGUGGCCGGCAUGCAGCCCAUGGACCGGCUCCCGUACCACCAGCACUUCUCGGCCCACUUCACCUCGGGCCCGCUGGUGUCCCGGCUGAGCGGGGUGGCCGGUCAUGCCUCGCCGCAGCUGGGGGACGCCCACGUGCCCAUGUACCAGGGCACCAUGGGGCCACACCAGACUCUGGCGGGCGCUCGGCAGUGCAGCCCCGGCGCAGCGGGGCUCCAGUCGCCGGGGGCAGGGGCCGCUCCCGGGCUCCAGGGGAACGAGUACUCGCUCUACCCACACAGCAUACCACGCACACUCUCACCACACCCGUACCAUGCUGUGCACAGCGUCAGCAUCAUGCCCGAGUGGAACGAAGGCAGCUAACUGGCCAGGAGGAGGUUCCGGAAAAAAAGGGUCAGAGGCAAAGAGAAGGACUAAGCUGGGAGUUAAGGAAGAGUUCGGGUCAGCAAAUUCGUACGUUUAUAUCUUGUACAUAUGUUAUUCGAAGGAGAGGAAGUUACUCUACGUCAGACCCACAUGGUCUUCUGACAUCAGUGUUUGAGACCGUCAUAUCAAGAAGAUUAGAGACUUUGAAGUGAGAGAAGUGAGGAGCAUUGACAUCUUUAAAGAGGACUUUUUUGGAAGUCUGAGCAGGCUGGAAAGAUUUCCGUCAGAGAUUUUCUUUUCAGGGUUGAAGG